UAUGUUAAUAUUGCACUGUAUUAAAGACUUGAAUGAAAGUAAGUUCAUUCUGAUUCAACAUGGAUCAAAAAAACACACCAAACCACCUUAACAUCUAUAAAACCUAAAGCUAAAGGCACACCUGAUUCAUUUACUUAUUUGACAUUACCACACUUUGUGAUUCUCUGAAGCAGUUAUAUUAUUAUUCUUUACUUCUAAUGUUCUUUAACUCGUAAAAGUGUAAUUCUUAUAUAGUGCUUUUUAAAUGAUAUGGCCAGAUUCUUUGGUGAUAUUGAAAGCUCCACAUCAAAUGUUGAUUUUUCCCACGAAGUAGUAUUGACAAUGUAGGUACCUCCAUACACGGUGUGAGAAGCUUCUUCAGUGUGUGAGCAGUAGCAUCAAAGAAAGCGUGUGUGACUUUUCUUUGAAAAUCUGAACAAGUGGACAGUGAAUUGGGAUCUUGUAGAUAGGUGUUGCUCUCUGAAUGGCAGGUCAUAAGUAAGAUAAGGAUAGAUUGUGCAUUUAUUUUCUCAGUGAAAUCAAAACUAAUUCUCUGACCGUGCUCUCCUUUUGUAUGUGAAGCUGUCUAAUUACCCGUCUUUCUAUCUGUAUGUUUUAUUGUAAAUGGAUAAGGCUGGUAGCAGUACAGUCACAACACUCGCAUCCUAGGGCCGCUUCACAGACAUCCCUUACCGCCUUUUUCUUCUGCAACAGUUUGAAACUAAUAGGAAGGAUUGGAUGCUCUUUAGUUUGUGCUCCACAGUUUCAUUCUGAUAGCAGUUUUAAAAGAUCAAUUUGUGCUUGAUUAGUGUGUUAGCUAUGAAAAGCUAUUUUUUUUUCCUAAUGCUUUCUGCCUAUAUUCAGAAAUCCAUUGUAUCUUUUAGGGAGGUGCUGCUCUGCUAAAGUUGGGAAGAGUAAAAGUACAUGUAAAUAUAAGUACAAACUAUCUAGAAUAAGUGGAUUUGAGAAAGAGGCUUGUUUCUUGGUUAUAGGCAUGACACAAUCCCCAAACCACUUACUUCUGGACUGGUGGUAUUACCUGACCCACGUGUUUCAAAUAUGGUGUCUCUUAUGUUUUUAAAAAACUAUUAUAAAGGAAAUCACCAGCAUUUGUGGCUUACAUGGCGGGUUAAAUGUGAUUCUUAAGAUGUUCAGAUGUUCAUCUCGGUGUGUGUUAGGGGCCAUGAUGUAUUCUCCGUGAAGUCAAAGAACUUUGUCUUUUAGUCAUUGGAACGUUACUGCCACCUCCUGGAAGCCAGGAGAUGUGAUUAGAAGUCUGAUUCCUGAUUGUCUUGGGAGAAGGACAGUGCUUGCUUUGUGGUUUCCACCAGAAGAAUUCCUUAGCAUUCUUCCUCUAACCUAGAGUAGAUAAGUUGUUUGACCUGUUUGCCUUAUGGGAGAAGAACAAAUGAAACAUUUUAUUGGCAUCAGCUUGGAAACGGUGCUUUGUUUCCUAUGUAUGAUUAUAUUUAGACCUCAUUACUCACGGUAUAAAAAUAACACUAGUAUUUUCUGCCUUUUCCAUGUCAUUUGGUGAAGCCUGCUUCUCUUUAGCUUGCUCUCAGAAACACCAAGUUUCUAUCCCAGUUGUCUUGAGCUGUUUUAAAUAAGUAAAAUCGUUGCCUUAGCUGUGACUGUUGUUUAGCAUUGACAAGCUCCCCCAUUUGUAUUAACUCAUCUUCACAUGUGAGAAAUCAUAGGUGCCUUGCACUCUUUUUCUGGCUUACACAGCUGUGAUCGAAAGGUGUUUCAUCUGCCGUUGUUUUACUGGGCUUUAGUGUUAAUCAUUCUUCCUUACUUCUACCUAUUGAAUGACUGUUUAAACUCUAGGUGUGAGCAAGCUGAUAAAACAGAAAUUCUUUUGCAUUUGUGAGACCAUCCUCCCAACAGAUAGUUUCCUCUUUACAAAAAUUUGUCCUAACUGCUUUUAUUUCCUGUAAUUUUGGGGGUUAAACUGAAGCCUGAAAUAUCUCCUGUUUGUUUAAGAAAUGUUUCUUUCUUGAAAAUCAAGCUCGAAACUUACCUUCUUCCGUGUAAGGGUUCAAUUCAAAGUCUUUUUGUUAUAGCUUUAAAACUUGUCAAAGGUCACCUGUCUUGGAUUUGGUAAGAGAACACUAAAUCUGUUUUGUUCUGCUUAUUUGUUUCACACCAUUAGUAAAGGGCUUGAGGAGUUUGUAGAGUCCGCAACUAUGGUUGUCUUUAAAAACACCAUUAGAAAAAUCCAUCAAGAAGGACAAUGAGAUCCCUUAUGAGAUGGACUAAUUAAGGGACUAGAUGACUUUUUGCUGUCUCUUCCUAUCUUACAAUAACUUGUCACAAUUAUGUAUCUUUCAAAUGAAAUGCCGAAGCUGGUUAUUGCUACUGAAGACGUCAAUGAUGUUGAUAUUUGAAUGGAACUAUUGGUACGUAAUUUUUUAAAAAUUUGUUUUUAUGUCAACUCUAAUUCAGCAAGACAGACUUUUGCAUUUUAAAAGCCAUUUUAUAUUGGCUAAGGAAACUGUAUUAGACUGGCUGUACUUAUACAGUUAUAGCUAAGCAGGAGUGACAUGUUGAGAAAUCUCGCUUGAAUCUUAAGCCUGAGUUACCAUAACAUGUCAGCUUAUAAUUCUCUUAGAGAUUUCUUUAGUAAAAGUGAAAAACAUUUCAGGUCAUCUGUUGGGGGAGAAAGUGUUACUUUCUUUUACUAAAAGCAGUAUCUCUAAAGUGGUUGCAAUUUAUUGCGUAUCACACUAACAUGUUAGGAACUGUGCUACUAAUAACUUUGUUGGGGAGAAAAGGAGCUUUAAGAAGUGUUUUGUUUACUUUUCACUCCCAUAUCUUAGGGUGGUGGUGUAGGUUUGUUUGUUUGUUAAUAUAUUGCUUAAUGUUCAAAUUUAACUUUUUGAAACUGUGACCAAAAAAAUAUUGUGUGGUAUUUUCCUUUCCUCUUCUCCCUGUCCCAGUCCCCCUUCAACAUAUAAUGUUAGUUGGUAAAGGGUAAAGAAAUAAAUGAACUAUUGUAUUUAUUACCUUUUAUGAAUAACCUAGUAUUCAUUUAUUGCUGUAUUCUAAUAAUGGAAUUCAGGUAACAGAGGUUAAGUAAGCCCUGGAGUAUAAUUAGAAAACAAGUUCCUUGCUUGCAAACAGAGUACUGUGGAUUUGAUUCUGGGCUCUUUUUUGGGAAGGAGGUAUAAAUGUUGAUUUUACUGCCUUCUAGCUUAAAAUACAGUAAAGGUUAAGUAAAUAUGGAGCAGGAAAAAAAUCUAGUAGUAUGACCUAUAAAAGUAUAAAUGGCCCAGUGUUCUUUUCUGUUUAGCACUUUUUCAGCAGCACUAAGUAAUUUCAUCUUAGCGCAGUAGUGUUUAGUGCUGCACCACUUAUGACUUCUGUAUUUAAAAGUACCUUCUUAGCCAAAGGUGUUUUAAAAAACAAACAAACAAACCAAAACACACACAGAGGCAAAAAAACACACAACAAAAAAACCAACACCAAAACAUACUUAAGAGCAGGAUUCAAGAUUGUCUUUUUUUGAAGGUCCCACUAGGUGCCAGCAAAGGACCUUUUCAAAUGAUAUGAGCCAGUGAAACAUUUUGUAGGAAUUCUCGGUCCCAUUACUCACGUAAGAGUUGACAGUAAAUUAACUUAGUGACAUGCCGAUCAUUUUAUUAAAAAAAAAAUUAGCUAUGAACGUUUGUAUAGAAUUAUACAGAAUAGCUUUCUUCUGUAGUUGUGCUUGGUAAUCUUAUUUCUCUGUGCAUACUUUGUUCAGUGUUUUAAAAGUCUGCAUAGUUGGUCAUGUAUUUGUAUGCUACACUGAACUCUAAUGAAUGUCUGUUUAUUGUUGGCUUCCAGCAGACAAGAUGAGGUAGUUCAGUUUGUAAGAAUUGUUUGUGUUUUUCUACCUUUAACAGCUGUAAUUUUGAAGGGUUAAAAUAAAAAAAUAAAAGGUUAAGAUGGUAGGCUGAAAACAAAUGCCAAAUUAUUAAUUACAAUAACUUGUUGUGGUUCUAAUUCAGUUGCACAUCACUGAAAAAUAUGAAUUAUUUGGCAGGAAAGGCUUCUACUAUGUGCAGCUCUUUAGAAGGUGUGAUUGCUUAACAGCACGUAGAUUGCGAGAUAAUACCAGAUUUCUUUAAAGUUUUAUUUAAACAGCGUAGAAGCACUUCAUUUAAGGAGAAGGCUUAUUUCACUGGUUUAUGCAUUAUUCAGACCUCAGCAGUUUGCUAGCAUGGCUACUAUUUGGAAAUUCAAUCCUAGACUUGAUACUCAAUUAUAUGGGACUUCAUUCCUACCAACUUCCUGUAAUUCUAAACCUAUGGGUAAAAAUAUUAGUAGUCAUACGCUGCUGAGGAAAGUGCGGACACAUUGACUCAGCUAGUACAGCUGCAGCAGGCGUUGCUGUUUUAAACUUGGAAGUACUGGAAGUUUAUUAUUGUAUUCAUGCAUGCAAAUUGCAGCAGGUAUACUUAAAACAAGGUCAGUAGCAUUUGUCAGUGUGUUGCAUUUGAGGUCGCUGGAACGUAAGUGCUCUGUAAAUGAAUGCUUUCUGACUGCAAGCAAUCAAAGACGGUCCAGAAACUGCAGUUCAACAAAUGGCUGACUUAUUUCAAGAGGUACAGUGUGGGUUUUUUUAACACUAGUAUCUUGUAGAAAUUAGGACAAAGACUGCAACUUUUAUGGGCUUUUACUGUUGUGAUGUACUAGCACUAGGUUCUGUGCAGCUGCCUGUAGCCUUUCUGCCGAAGGAUCUUUGUGGUUUUCAUUUGCUAACAUGCAUGGAAAUGAGAACAAAUGGCACGGCGGUUAAGAUUGCAUUUUGCUACCCAAAGAAGCAACACGGAUCCGUUAUUGGAAACCUCUGAAGAUGUUUUGGAUAGUAAUAAUUGUAUGCACUUCAAAAAAUUGCAAAAUUCUGCACCUAGUGUUACACAAAUGAAACAGACUCCUAGACAAGUUGCUUAUGCACCUGUAACGCAACAAGUAAUUAAUCAAGAGGAAAAUGCAGCUAUUUCUUCACUGCAAGUAAAAAAGAGCACCUCACUGCACAUUUCUCUACAGACUAGAAAAUAUAGUGGCUGUUUUCGGUCUGGUGAUGCUGUAGCUGCUGGUGAAGACACUUCAUUCAUUGGUACCGGUAAUGAAGGAAAUUGUGACGCUAGAAUUGUGGUUGAUCAUCGAUCUAACGACAGCCUUCUGAGCAGCGCUGCUCUGUGCAAUGGCAGUCUCAGCAGUGCCACAGCCAGUGACAGUGGAUCGUUCAGCAGCGCUGGCAGCGACUACGGAUCAUGUGCAAGUACCACAAGCGAUGGAGGUUCAUAUUGUAACAGUGUCGUCAGUGACAGUGGCAUUCUUUUGACAGGUGACAGUACUUUCUGUAGUACUGUUGUUCAUGGUGAUUCUUCAUACAGAAGCACUGCAAACAACUGUAAUCCCUACAGGAACAACUCAUCUCAGGAAAUUCUGUGUACAGGUAAUACUACUUUUGACCAAAAUGCUUUGUCAGUGAGGAAGAAAACGAAAAUUCCACUGCGACGUUGUUCAUCGCUGGUUAUUUUCCCUAGGAGUCCUUCCAGUACUCCUCCAGCUUCUCCAGUAAGCUCAGGUCAACUACCACAUCGAGGCGCCUAUCAAACAUCCCAUAAAAUAAUUAUUUCUCCUAGUGAGCUGGCACAAAAAGAAGAUGAAACCAUUUCCAAGGGAUUCCUUUCAACAGCAGUCAAUGGACUUCGGCUGUCUAAAACAGCUUCCUCUUCUGGCGAAGUCAGAGACGUUCGACCGCUUUAUUUGAACACGUCAUUACAGGGCAAAAGUAAAAUUUCGAGUAGUUCUGAGCAGGCAACUUGUGAAGAAGUGUCUGAUGGCUUCUCAUCUAUUUCGGUUCAUCUCGCUCAAAGAGCGUUUGCAUCAAGCAGUGAAAUGGUUAAUAGCUGUUGCAGUCCCGAGUUAAAUCUGAACUCCAGUGCAAAAUACCCUCAUUUAAAACUGGCACGUAGCACAUCUGCAUGUUUACCCUCAAAAAUAGAUUCAGAAUAUGAGAUUAAUAUAAAUGGACUAGAAAGACCAAACGCACAGGUGAGCAAAACCCACCAUGUUUUGCAAAGAAGUGUUUCAUUGGAAGGAUCACGUCAAAAAGUUUCUUGCUGUUUAUCCAGCCUUAAAUACAAGUGUCAUAGUGCAAGGACGUCUCAGUUGCACAUACAGUUCAAACCCGGGAAUGAAGGAAAAACAACUGGUGUUAAGAAAAGAUAUGGAACCUCUAAAAGGGAAAUGUCUAGCACUUUGUGGAGGCCCCGUAAGACUCGAGAUGAUUUUCUUGGGCAAGUGGAUAUUCCUCUUUAUCAGUUACCGACAGAAAAUCCAAAUAUGGAGCGACCAUAUACGUUUAAGGAUUUUGUUCUUCAUCCAAGAAGCCAUAAAUCAAGAGUUAAAGGCCACCUGAGAUUAAAAAUGACUUACUUACCUAAAAGCAACGGGUCUGAAGAAGAAACCACAGAACAGGCUGAAGAAUUGGAGCCUGGGUGGAUUAUAUUGGACCAACCAGAUGCUGCUAGCCAGCCCCAGCAGCAGCAGCAGGAAUCUCCUCCGCUGCCUUCAGGCUGGGAAGAAAGGCAAGACAUCCUCGGCAGGACCUACUAUGUCAAUCACGAGUUCAGAAGAACACAGUGGAAAAGACCAACUGCUCAGGACAAUGUAGCCGUUGCAGAUAUUGGUAAUGUGCAGUUGGAGGCCCAGCAUGUGUUCACUCAUCGGCGACAGAUAUCGGAGGAUACAGAAAAUCUAGACAACAGAGAUUCCCCCGAGAGCUGGGAAAUUAUAACUGAAGAUGAGGCAACAGCGUAUAGCAAUCAGAAUGUUCAAAUACCUCUCUCACAGAGUAAUUGUGAUAUACAGACUCAUCUUGCAGAAGAAUUGAGUACGAGACUUACUACCUCUGGAAGUUCAGCUACUGGCCAGUCAGCAGCCUACACUAACCAUUCCAGCCGAAGGGGUAGUCUGCAAACAUACAGAGUUGAAGAGCAGCCUGCACAUCCCGUGUUACUGCCUACUUCAUCUGGAUUACCCCCAGGCUGGGAAGAGCGACAAGAUGAAAAGGGGAGGUCAUAUUAUAUAGAUCACAAUUCUAGAACCACUACCUGGAUUAAGCCAGUUGUACAGAUUGCUAUGGAACCAGGUCAGUUGUCAGCUGCACAAAGUAUUUCUGUAGGAAGACAACAACAAGCAACAUCAAGUGAUUCAUCACAACAGUCUACUCACCAGCAGCCUGAAAUGGAGCAAGGAUUUCUCCCUAAAGGCUGGGAAGUCCGACAUGCACCCAAUGGGAGACCAUUCUUUAUUGACCACAAUACCAAAACUACAACAUGGGAAGAUCCAAGACUGAAAAUUUCUGCUAAUCUGAGGAGAAAGACUUCUCUAGAUCCAGUAGACCUAGGCCCGUUACCACCAGGGUGGGAAGAGAGAACUCACACGGAUGGAAGAAUAUUCUUCAUAAACCACAAUACAAAGAAAACACAGUGGGAGGAUCCUCGACUGCAGAAUGUGGCAAUAACUGGACCAGCUGUGCCUUACUCCAGGGACUAUAAGCGGAAAUACGAAUUCUUCAGAAAGAAGUUGAAGAAACAGAGUGAUAUUCCAAAUAGAUUUGAGAUGAAAAUUCAUCGUACAACAAUCCUUGAGGAUUCCUAUAGAAGAAUUAUAGCUGUAAAGAGAGCAGAUUUCCUUAAAGCAAGACUUUGGAUUGAAUUUGAUGGUGAAAAAGGUUUAGACUAUGGAGGAGUGGCCAGGGAAUGGUUCUUCCUUCUCUCUAAAGAAAUGUUUAAUCCUUAUUAUGGAUUGUUCGAAUAUUCAGCUACAGAUAACUAUACUCUGCAGAUCAAUCCAAACUCUGGACUUUGCAAUGAGGAUCAUCUCUCUUAUUUCAAGUUUAUAGGUCGUGUAGCUGGAAUGGCUGUUUACCAUGGCAAACUUUUGGAUGCCUUUUUCAUUCGUCCUUUUUACAAGAUGAUGCUCCAAAAACCAAUAACGCUUCAUGAUAUGGAGUCUGUGGAUAGUGAAUAUUACAAUUCUCUGAGAUGGAUUCUGGAAAAUGAUCCAGCAGAACUGGACCUCAGAUUUGUAGUUGAUGAAGAACUUUUUGGUCAGACCCAUCAACAUGAACUGAAAAGUGGUGGAUCGGAAAUAGUUGUCACCAACAAGAACAAGAGAGACUACAUUCAUCUUGUAAUUCAGUGGAGAUUUGUGAGCAGAGUACAAAAACAAAUGGCAGCCUUUAAAGAGGGCUUUUUUGAGCUAAUACCACAGGAUCUCAUUAAAAUUUUUGAUGAAAAUGAACUAGAGUUAUUAAUGUGUGGAUUGGGAGAUGUGGAUGUGGCUGAUUGGAAGCUACAUACCAAAUACAAAAAUGGCUACAACAUCAACCAUCAAGUAAUACAGUGGUUCUGGAAGGCAGUCUUAAUGAUGGACUCUGAAAAGAGAAUAAGAUUACUUCAGUUUGUUACUGGCACAUCACGCGUACCUAUGAAUGGGUUUGCUGAGCUGUAUGGUUCAAAUGGACCACAGUUGUUUACAGUUGAGCAGUGGGGUACUCCUGAGAAACUGCCAAGAGCUCAUACCUGCUUUAAUCGCUUGGAUUUGCCUCCAUAUGACUCGUUUGAAGAUUUAUGGGAUAAACUUCUUCUAGCGAUUGAAAAUACUCAGGGUUUUGAUGGGGUUGAUUAAGACACCGACAUAAAUUACAUCAGUCCAGUGCUGCAAUUUCAUUUUAAGGGUUUACAAACAGAUUUGAAUUUUCCAGGGACUACCAUUGUAUUUAGUUACCCGGCUUUUGAAUCUUCAUAGUAUCACUUGUAAUGUAAGUAUUAAAAAUUCACUAACUUUUGAAAAUGUGUUUUGCCAUUUCCACAGUUUUGUAUACUUUGCUAAUAACUAUAAUAUACACAUUGGAUGGGCCAGUGCCAAGUAAGUCAAAAACUAAAAUAUUUUUCAGCAGUUUCCUCUUCUAUGGUAUUUGACCGACUGUCCUGCAGUACACUACUGAAGUAAAACUGUGAAGAAAUUUUUGCAGAGGGUGUAAAUUUGAAUUGCUGCUUUAAAAGGAACAACUGAAAUUGUUAAACUGUUUAAACAAAAAAAAUAAACAAAAAAAACCCCAAACCAGCAAACUUCGUGUAAUGCAGCGUCGUAAUCUGUGCUGCUUCAGACUGUUUGCUACAGAUCUGUCCAAAGCACCUUAUGAUUCAGCGCAUUAGGUAAAACAUUGGAAAGCAUUUGUUUGUAUUAUCAGCCAUCUGUUUGCAGAACGUUGACUUGCUGACACAUUUUAUGUGUUAGAUUUCUGUUUUCAACUCACUUUUGUUAAAACAGCGUAACAAAACCAGGACUUUUAUAUAAAACAAGCAAGCAGCAUAAUUCUGAAUUGUAGUGAAAAAUUACAUCCUUUUUUGUCUGAAUUUGUAUACUGUCAUUGGUUUGAGAGUUCAUCACUUUUUUGGAUAAAUUUGUAGUUCAACGAUGGAUAAUAUUUUCAAUUCAGCCUUUUGCAACAAAGUAAUCUUAAAGUGAAAUUUGUAUGGAUAUCACUCAGUAUUAGUUACUGGUAGUUAGAUGCCUUUAUUAUCCAUUCUUGCAGUAUUGCACUACAUAACAAUAAAAAACAUGUUUACAGGGUUUUCUGAGCCAAAUUCAGCAGUCUGGCAUGUGCAAACUUCUCUGAACUGCAUGGAGGUUAUGCACAUGUCAUCAGGUGCAGAAUUUGGUUCUGUAAUAUGUUUACAGGUUAUGCUAGUUUCUAUAGCUGCGUUUUUUGUAUUUUUUUUCCUCCACUGUUAGUCUAGAAACCAAAUUUGUUAAUACGGUAUAACCAAAGUCAUAACCAACAAUGUGCAAUUUAUUGUAGAUCAACUUGUCAUAUAAAUAUUAGUUUGAUUUAUUUUGUAAAUGUGGGUAUUUUUUGUAUUGCUAACACUUUUUUUGAGCAAGUGCUGGUUAUAAAGGAUUAGCAAAGUUGGUUCUAAAAGAAAAAAAUGGUUUAUAUACCUGGAUUGCUCAAAUUUUAACAUUUUAUUACCAAUAUGAUCUGAAGAAAUGACAGUAUCUAGCUUUGGCCAGCAGAUUUCUGUUUAGUCACAGUCUCUAUAAAUAUGCAAGAAGGAAGUGUAGCACAUCUCUAAAGAUAUGUAAAUUAUGUAACAAAUGUAAUGGGUCUUAAGGGAUAUUUAAAAUCCCACUUUGUUUUAUUCUUUGACUAGGUCAUUAGGGCUGAGAAUAUUACAUGUAAAUAAAGGUAACUUAUACAAAUUUCCCAAAUCUAUAUGCAGUUUUGUAAAACAAAUGAUAUAUCAGUAAAUCUGUAUAGAUUUGAAUGUAGCAGGUUUUGUUGCAUACUUUAAAGUAUAAAAUAAGGAUCCUGAGAACAAUAAAUAAAAGUUUAUUCUAAUAA